AUGGGAUUACAAAACAGGAUUUUACGAUGGCGGUCUGUACUACUUGUAACAGAACGGAUUGACGGGAGACAUUUGGGUGGGAGGGGAAGCUCAAGCAUCUUCGGCACCGUCUGGUCUGAUAACACGUUAGUUGCCGGUCAGGCUAUGGAGGACCUGAUGAGGUUUCUGACAAAGGAUUUUCUCAAGGGGCGGUCCGAAGGAGAAGAACCCGAGAUUCGGGGGAUGUGGACCGGGCUUCAAUGCCAUACAUCGGAUGGGCUGCGCUCGAUCGGAAACAUCCCUGAAUCGGCUUCAGUCAUGAGUGCAAAGGCUUUGGUAAAGGUUUCCCGCGAGUGCUAA